AAGAAGAAAAAAAACUACGGGGUCCCGGAUGCUACUGACAGCCAGACACGUCUGGAGAAGGUGGAACAGCGGUGGUGGGCAGAUACCUUGCGAGUCGGAAUUGCGGAGGGCGAGUAACAUCGCAUAUCGGCUUUCUUCAUUUCUCUCACCCUUUCCCUGCAUCCCCGGGCGUUCUGUAGUGGGUGCAAGAGAGAACAUAAUUGAUAAUCGUGCUCUUUUCGAAGGGAACAGCAACAUUAGUAUUUGGUUUUGCUGGCUCCUUUUUUACUAUUCUUUCUCCGUUUUCCCCGUUUUCUGGUGUUAGUUGUCAUAUGUGGUGAUUUAAAAAAACAGAGGAUCGUUUCCAAUAUAGCAUAGUGGUGUGCUGACAGAAGAGGUAGGUUAGACACGCAGAAACAGAGAAGGGAUAUUUAAAUACUCAGCGGGAAGAAUGUCCUUCCCCGCCGGACUCUGAUUAUCAGAAAAUGCUGUUUAUGAAGGGUGGUAUCGAUGCCGACGGCUCUGUGACCCAGCCGAGGAAGCCAAGAGAAAAGAUCGAGAACGUCGCCGCCGCUGCAGCAGACAACGUCGAAGCAAGCUCGAGCUCGGCGCUACCCGGAGCAUCAACUACAAUGGCAGGAACCGUGGAGGACAAGAUUCGUGUUUCCACCUGCUAGACCUCCAGGGGUCCCACCAGCCCAUCUUCCGUGAGGCUGCCACAGUCCCCUCAUCACCCAAUCGCCGUCCCGUGCAGGAAGCAGGAGAGAAGGGGAGCGGUGACUCUUCCUUAGCCAGGGCGGGACGGGUAGAAACCGCUGCACAGACCCCGGGCACGUUCUGAGGGUCGCCAUCCCCCGGGGCGGCAGGGGCGAGAGCGCAGAGGACGGAAACGGCGGGAGCCACGGCGUGUUGAAAGGCGACGGGAGUGAAGACCAGGCCGCGAGCGACAGCGUCGAGGGUCGGGGUGGGCUUUCCCAGCCCAUGAGCCGCCUGUCGGGGCGCCUGCGCUCAGGGGGCGUGCGUCUCAGCUGCGGGCUGCUCGCCGAGGACGACUGCUUGGAGCUGGAGGGCCCGGCGGGUUGGGGGGGUGACGGGGGCCAUGCGGGGGCCACCGGAGGGGCCCCUGCGACAGCCUCUGGGGCCUCCCUCCAUUAUGGCUUCUUCUCCUCCCCCUCCCUGGCCAACGGCCUGCGCAGCCCGGAGGACCAGCUGCACAGGAGGCCCAGGAUCGGGGCCAGGAGGCGCAGGCAGCCCGGGCAGCUGGAGCAGCCGGAGCAGUCUGAGUUCCCGCUGCAGCUGGAGCAGCUGGAGCAGCUGGAGCAGCUCCCCCAGACGUGCCCAGAGCAACAAAUUCAGGGGCAAGUGGGUACAGACUCCUCCCCCCUAACAAAUCAGCCCACUGUGGUGCCCCCACAGAUUCUCACUGGAUCCCCUCACCCUGAGGUCUACUCAACUUCUUCACAGCCCCACCCCCUUCCGUACUACCCUCCCACCCCCCAUAACCCCCCUGAGAGGGACAUAGACACUCAGGCCUGCCCGAUCACUGCAGCCUCCCCGCCAAGGCCCGCCCCCAUCCCUAACCCCAUACUAGCCCCGUCUGUCGUCCCUGUCCCAGCAGAGGGGGAGAGGAAGUAUGCCCUGCGCAGCUCCGGACGCCCACGCUUCCCCUGCAGGCUGCGCAAGUCCUCGCGCCUUCGCCGACCCAUGGAGGACGAGGACAGGAGGGAGGAAAGGGAGGAUGAGGUGGCACAGGAGGAGGAGAAGAUGUGGAAGGGUGAGGCUUUGGGGCUGGGGCUUGGGCUGGGGCUGGGGGAGGAGUCCCUCCUGCCGGAGGGGGCCAGUAUGUCCGGCGAGCUUCGGCCUAUGCCCCAGGCUGCCGCACUGGGCAGGAUGGAAAUGUCGGCCCCCGAACCGACCCAGCAGGCCCCUGGCUCCCCCUCGUCCCGCGGUCGGCGCAGGGGGAGGUGCGUGGGCGUACGCAAGAUUGUGGUGAAAGUGGCCCGAAUACCUGUCAGCCUGAGCCGUCGCCAGAAAAGCUAUAAGAUCUCGUCCAUGGAGGCUCCCGCACAGCUGACGGGGCAGGAGGGGGGCAGGGGGCCCGGGGCGGAGGGCUGCGAGGGGGCAGGUGGUGCCGAAAGCGGGGCUGUGGCCCCCCGAGAGCCGACCGCGCUGCUGAAGAUGAAGAACAACGGGAAAAGCGUGAUGGUGAUGUUCCCACCGGGAGAGCUACCGGUCAUCCUGAAGCGCCGCCGCGGCCGUCCGCCCAAGCAGGUCCUGCCGGGCCAGCCGGACCCCCGCGAGGUCCGAGCCAACGUGGCCAACACUGGGGAGCCCAAAAAGCAGAGGCGCCGCCGGCGGGUCAAGCUGCCCUCCCCGCAGCCCUCCUACGUGGCCGACACCAACGACGUGAAGGCCGAAUACGGCGAUGUGCUGUCCAAGCUGGCCUUCCUCAACCGCCAGCCCCCGGCCACGGGACGCUGCUCCCCUCCCCGCUGCUGGACCCCCAGCGAGCCCGAAUCCUUCCACACCCCCCCGGAGAACCCCGGGAUCUCCACGCUGCUGCACAGACUCACGGGGUUCCGUCGCAGGGGGGGUCGCGCGGGCUGCACGGGCGCCCGUGGCGGCGGGGUGGCGGGCUCCAGCGAGGCCUUCAAAAGCUCCUUCAGCGACUUCUUCGAGACCAUCGGGAAGAAGAGGAAAGUGCCCCCCUCCGAGCCAGGACAGCCCCGCAAACGGGGCAAGGGGGCGGCGGCGGGGCUCAGCCGAGCGGCUCUCCUGGGAGCCGAGCCCGGUGGCCUUGCCCCAGGCGAGAAACCCGUCCGCAAGCGCCGCUCGCGCAAGAACGGGGUGCUGAAGUCAGGGCAGGGGCAGCAGGAGCAGGACGGGGGUGGUAGCUGGGCGGUUAAAGGGGGUGACCGGGAGAGGGGUCUGGGGUUCCAGGGUUGCUCAUCGCCCAGAGGGGGCUUUACCUCCUGUGACAUGGGAAAAGGGGGCUUCUACCCCAGCCCAGGGGCGAGUGGGGGUGGGGCAGGGGGUGAUGAGGCCCAGGGGCUCUUUGCGGGGUACUUCCGCUCCCUUCUGGACUCUGACGACUCCUCUGACCUGCUGGACAUCUCCCUUUCCAGCCCCGCUUCACGCCCCGACUCCCGAAAACUGGGGCCCGGGUACGAGUCCAGCAGCCCUGCACCGAGUCAGCGCUGGUCCCCUGCCUUCCCUAAGAGGACCCCCAAGGGGCCUAGUCCUGCCAACGAUGGACCCCUACAGCCGCAAUGCAGCACUCCUGGCCGGCCCCCAUAUAGUUAUAGCCUGUCCCAGACCUCUCCCACCACCUCGUUCCCUAAAUCUGCACCCCCAACCCUCUCUCUGUCUCGAUCACCCAGCUCUCCUCACCCCUCCUCCUCCAGUUUUCCGCAGUACCUCUCCGGCUAUAGCAGUGGGCAGCCAGCAGGGGCCGGCAGCGCCACGCCUCAGCAGCAGAGACUGAGCGACUGCAGCUACUCCUACGGUGCAGGGCUCGGCAGUGGCAAGGCCGCGUCAGUCUCCCCCGCAGGGCAGUGCCACAUGGGCUUUUCCAGCUUUCAGGCUGCUCAGGCUAAGCGGGGCUUUAGCAGCUACCCUGGAUCAGCCCACUCAAUGCGGGGGGAGCCUGGGCCCUUGGCGGGGCCAGCUUCUCCAGGCGGGAGUUACAUGGCUAUGGCGAAAAGCCCCUUCCCUUCCUCCUCACCCCCCGAGAGCUGCAGACAGUUCCCUUCUUCUCAAUGGGGAUAUAGGCAGGGGUACCAGGGCUGGGGGAAUGAUAACUUUGGGCCACACCAGUACCACGUGUACAAUGACUAUGGCACCAGUGGCAGCCACGAGUCCAAAGACAUCUUGGAUAUUUCAAACUACACACCUCAAAAGGUCAAGCAGAGGUCCUUCUCUGAGACCUUCUCUGAGUCCUCCUCUGACUCCUCUCACCUGGGGCCAGCGGGUGCAAGCAUGGGGGGAGGGGGGAGUGGAGGUUACAGACCACGGGACAACCUGCCAUCGGGGGAGGUGCAGUCCAGUUUGUCCAGCCUAGAGAAGCUGAUGCUGGACUGGCAUGAGAGUUCAGCUGGCUCCUCUUACAACUGGAGCCAGAAUGUCCUCUUCCAGGGGGGGUCUAAGCCAGGGCGGGGCCGGAGGAAACGGGCAGAGCCCCAGGGAGAGAGGGAGGGCUGCCCCUUAAGUUUCCCGCCAGGCUCACCCUCCAGUUCUCCUUCGCCAGUGCCCGGUUCCAAACGUAGCCCAAUGGCCGCCCGUCAGUCACGGGGGCCGAGGGGCAGGGGGGGGUUCUCUUCCUGUCAGCGCGAGAGAGCACCCCCAGGGAAGCCCAAACCCCAGAAGUCCCCUGCCUCUGUGACCCAAGCUGGAGGGGCGGGCCUGUUCCAGGACACACUGGACUAUUAUAGCGGGGACAGCAGCAGCCUCUCGCCCCUGCCCUCCCAACAGCAGGGCUACAGCAUGGAGGUCUGCGAGUACUCCAGCCCCUACUCGGUGCACCCGUCCACACCCUCCUCCGACGAGCGCUUCGCCCAGAUUUUCCCCGGCGAGACCGCUGCGCUUUCCCCUGGCAUCUCCCUGCAGCCUGACGUCCUGAAGCCGUACCCCAAAGCGGCCCACCCCCCAGCAUUCUCUGUGCCCUCCCGGACCUUCUCCCCGAGCUGCUCCCCCACCCCCCGGCUCCUGCCUUCCUGCGGCGCAGCCAACAGCCCCCACCGGGCCCCCAACAAGGACUUCUCACAGUACGACUCCCCCAGUUACUGUGGCUCCCCCUGCUGGUACGGGCAAGGAGGUUCACUGGCCGGCAGCCCGCACAGCUACGAGGCGGACCGCCCUUCUGUGAGCGCCAUGCCCCCCCACGCUCGGACUGAGAAAAGGGACCUAAGCCAGGUGGGGGGAGCGGGACUCCGAUCGGCACCUCCGACCACUUCUCCUUACCCCACCCCUCUUCAUCGAGGCUCCUCCUCUUCGUCCUCCUGUGCCACAGUUGGCCUGGACUCCCCUCUCCCUGAGGACCUGGGUUUCUCCCUGCACCCUGACAGCUACCCCGCAUUGGCCCAGCGCUACGCCCCACAGGCGCCCCGCGGUGGCGUAUUAUGCCAGUUGCUGGAUCAGCCCGCCGAAGAUGGGUUCACUGUCACCAGCCUGUAGUGCGCACCAUUGUGUUCAAUGGAGUGGGCCACAGGUGCAAUCAAUCAUGUUUUUUCAGAUUUUUAAACUUUUUUUAAGGAGAUUGAAUUCAUGGCAGACUUUUUAAAAAAUGAAGAUGAUAAUGAUGAAGAUAUAAGCUGACAACUGUGGACACUUGAAAUUAAUUUUAUUCUCAAUGGACACACUUAUACGUGCCCCAGCAGUGACAAUCAAGCAUCAACAGCAGACAUACUACACUCUAUACACUAAAUACAUCUGACAUGAGUCCAUUGCCAUACACACACACACUACACAUCUAUGGGUACACACAAAUGAAUUGUACAUUACAAAGCACGUUCGGAUCUAUGACUUUAGACAUGCUGCACACUACACACUUUACAGUCAGUCACACGCACACACAUACACACACACACACACACACACACACAGGUACUCUGCAGCUGGGGGCAGUGGAGUUCCUGGAAUGUGGGUGCAGAAGAGGAUGAGGAGAAUGGUGGCUGGACAGGCGAGAGAAAGAGGCUGAUGGACAGACGUGUGGACCCAAAAACACGCAGCGCAGGCUGCCGGCGCACGCGGUCCAGUCUCAAUACCAUCUCCCAUCAUGCACCAGGAGUGAUGGAUGACCUCGCCUCCGACAAUCCCUCUCCCUUGCAGCCUCUGCCACCUAGCAACCAGCAACAAUCCCCCCUCCCCCUCCUCCUCCACUCCCCAGAGCUGUGGACUCUAUGCUCAUAUGAUACCAGCAUCUGUACAUAGACUUCAACAAGAGGAGAAGAGGACUGAUAUGUGAUGUUAUGAAAGUAAUGUGACAUAUGCACUGAAAAGGCUUCUUUGCGUUUGUUGUAAGGGGGCUCUGUUGCUCUGGAAAGGAGCCCUGUGUACAUACCUGGUUUUCUUCAGCGGGCAGGGGGUGAUUGCCCUUCUGCCUGUUUCCCUUCUAGCGGGCGUGUGCCCCUCUCCCCCAGUCAUCUCCUGUGCUUACUGUAGCGUGGACUGCAGCAUGGUCUCACUCUGUAGAUUUUGUUUGUUUGUUCAUUUGUUUGUUGGUAUGUUUUUUUUUUUUUAAGGAAAAAAAAAUGACACAAAUAUGAUGUGCUCACCCCCAAAGAAACGGACUUGUGAUUGUGUACAUACCCCUGUGGGUGCAGGGCGUGGAGAGAGAGAGAAAGAGAGAGAGAGCGAGAGAGAGAGAAAGAGAGAGAGAGAGAGAGAAAGAAAGAGAGAGAGAACGAGAGAACGAGAGAGAGAGUGAGAGAGAGAGAGAGAAAGAAAAGAGAGAGAGAACGAGAGAGAGAGAGAGCGAGAGACUGAGUAGGUCCGUGGCUCCGGUCCAAUGAGGGAGGCAAGUUCUGGAUCUCAGGGUGUGGACUGGACUGCCUUCUCUUCUCUUCUUGUCUUGGCUUUUCUUUCACUCUCUACUCUGUUUCCUUUUCCUGGUCUCCUAACUGUGUUGUAUGGUGAUUUGUGCAAUGGAAUAUUGUAUUUGUCUGUUACAUAUCAUGUAUCUGAGGUGCAAAUAUUUAAAUACACAUUUGGUUCCAACCAUUGCUAA